GUUCACUUAACGUAACAUUUGUUUAUCCAUCCGGGGCUUGCUGUUCAUUUGUGUUGCCUUUUCCUAACGAAACGAGCUCCUUCAAAACAUUCUCAUCCGGUGAACGCCAACGCAAUCCCAAACAUCCAAGUCACUGGAGAGGAAAUUCAGGUCACGACGAACAACUGCAAAAGCAAAUGAGGUGUCCCGCAGACGUCACUGUAGAAGAUCUUCACCCUGAGAAGCACGAUCCCCUCCACUUAAAACAGAUGGAGAAGUCCGACAUGCUGUGUAUUAAACAGGAGGGAGAACCAGAGACCCUCAACAUGAAAAAAGAAGACCAGGAAGUUGAAAUCCCCAAGUUUCCAAUGGGUGUCAGUGUGAAGAGUGAGGAAGACGAAGGACUAAGCGAAGAGAGCGGAGCAGUGAAACCUGCGAGCGACACCUCAUUUAAGCACUUGACAACAAAAGGAGAGCAACCAGACAGCAUCUUGGCUCCUGUUUCGGACAGCGACGACAUAACGUCACACUCAUCUGACUAUAAUACUAAUGAGGAGGAUGAUGACUUUGACCAAAAUGCUUCAAAAUCUUCAAACAAGUCAUCAUUGAAAAGAGACACAAAGGAAUGCGCGGUUGGGAAACGUUUUCCCUGCACACUUUGUGAUAAAAGAUUUUCUUUGAAGGCAAAUUUAGAAAGACAUAAGCGCAUACACACUGGAGAGAAGCCUUUUGCCUGCAUACUUUGCGAUAAAAGAUUUAAUCGGAAAGCUGGUUUAGAAAUGCAUAAGCUUAUACACACUGGAGAAAGGCAUUUUGCCUGCACACUUUGUGAUAAAAAAUACUUCGCGAAGGAAAAAUUAGAUGUUCACACAAGAACACACACUGGAGAGAAGCCUUUCUGCUGCACACUUUGUGGGAAAAGAUUUGUCGAAAGGGGGGGUUUAAACAGACACGCACGCAGACACACUGUGCCUUUCACCUGCACACUUUGCGAUAAAAGAUUUUCUGAGAAGACUUGGUUAGAAAAGCAUAUGCGUACACACACUGGAGAGAAGCCUUUCGCCUGCACACUUUGCGAUAAAAGAUUCAUCGAUAAGGGACGUUUAAACAGACAUACCAGAAACCACACUGCAGAGAAACCUUUCGCCUGCACACUCUGUGGUAAAAGAUUCGUCGAUAAGAAAUAUUUAAAACACCACACAAGUAGACACACUGGAGAGAAGCCUUUCGCUGGAGAGAAGCCUUUCGCCUGCACACUUUGUGGUAAAAGAUUCGUCAAUAAGAGAGGUUUAAACGACCACACAAAGAGACACACUGGAGAGAAGCCUUUCGCCUGCACAGUUUGUGGUAAAAGAUUCAUCGAUAAGGGAGAACUCAACAAACACACACGCAUACACACUGCAGAUAAACCUUUCGCCUGCACACUGUGUGGUAAAAGAUUCAUCGAUAAGAGAAGUUUAAACAGACACUCAAGUAGACACUCUGGAGAGAAGCCUUUCGCCUGCACACUUUGUGGUAAAAGAUUCUUCGAUAAGAGAAGUUUAAACAGACACACAAGCACACACACCGGAGAGAAGCCUUUCGCCUGCUCAUUUUGCGAUAAAAGAUUCACCGAAAAGGGCAUUUUAAAUAUGCACACUACAACACACACUGGAGAAAAGACUUUGGCAUGCUCACUUUGUGGUAAAAGAUUUUCUCGGAAGACUAGUUUAGAAAUACAUAAGCGCAUACACACUGGAGAAAAACCUUUUGCAUGCUCAGUUUGUGGUAAAGGAUUUUCUCGGAAGACUAGUUCAGAAAUCCAUAAGCGCAUACACACUGGAGAAAAACCUUUUGCAUGCUCAGUUUGUGGUAAAAGAUUUGCUCACAAAAGAACUUUUGUAAGGCAUGCAAGAGGCCACACUGGGUAAAAACCUUUGAAUUGCAUUUUUUGACAAGAUAGUCAAAUUCCUGCAGUGCAUUACAGUGGAAAAAUCAUUUCAAUGUAGUUAUUCCAUUUCCCUUGAGCCUCUUUUGAAAAAGUUGUUGAAAAGAGUUUUCAGGUGCUGUUCUUUUUAUGUCCAAUAUAUCUAUCCAAUAUAUAUGUAUAUUUUUAAAAUUGAAUACAUUGUUUUACAUGUCUUUCUGUUGAGAUUGUUCAAUAACAUAUCGCAAUAUUAGGUCAGACAAUUCUCGUAUUGAUUUAAAAUCCAUCUGUAUCGACCUAUACACUUGUGUUUUUGGUAGAAAGAGCUGCAGCUCUCUGUAGUAAUUGAGUGUUCUACUGAAAAUUCCAUCAAUUCAUCGAGUAUAUUGGGUAAAACAUUUUUUAGGGUAAAAAGCAAUUAUAAAUAUGCUUGCAUUAAAUUC